UAUUAACAUCCCAAAUAUGGACUUCAAUCAACACUUUUUACAUAAUAAAUCAACCUUUACUCCAUCUUCACCAUUAAAAACAAGGUAUUAUUUUCAUAUUUAUUUUAGACCUUUACCCAAUCCAUCACCAGAAAUUUUUGAAGAUUUCAAACUAAAUGAUGUAGAAUCAGACUCAGAAAGCUCAAGAAAGUCUUCUGGUUAAAAAUUUGAUCAACAAGUUUUAGUAAUAGAAUAUUUGGUUGAAAAACUUAAAGGUUUUGAAUGAAAGCACCAUAAUAAAAACACUCAGCAAAAUAAAAAUAAAAAAACGAGAGAAAAAUUUAAUUACUAAAAUUUGUAUUAAAAAUCAUUUUUUUCC